GCGAGCACAGGAGCUGGCGGAACUUUUAGCCUGAACUUCGUGUUGUUCAGUAGAAGGACACUCUUUAGCCUUUUCCAUCGUUUAAUUUUAGUGCUGUUGCACCCUUUUCAAAGAACACCUUUAUUUUUCACCAAGUGUUAACUGACAGUUGAAUAGGGCCGUGACGUAGUGAGCUGUAUUAGCUUAGCAGGGCAACCUCUAAUCGGAUGUACACCUAGUUGUUUUUCUAGCUCAAUGCUAACAGAAGCGACACCGGGAAACAAGCAUGAACUGCCCCCCCAGCAAGCGCCACCGGGGCCUGAACCAGGAUGCCGUGACGGCGGUCGCCCUCAACGACCCGUUUGGGGACGAAGACGAAUUCACCCAGGAGGACUUGGAUGAGAUUGACAUCAUCGCUUCGCAGGCCGUCACCGCGGUUGCCGGCGUCGGGGGGAAACCGGGACACAAACCGCCGGAGCCGGCCCGCGGGUCCAACUGGCCGCAGUCGGCGGGGCAGAGCGGAUCUGUGAGCCGAGCCGCGGGCAAUCGGGGCGGCGAGGACGCGUACGGCUUCGGCGGCGGCAUCAACAGAGGGAAUUCUGGGAUAGCGAGCAGGGAGCCCCUCGUUCACAGGCAACAGCGGUUCGGGUCGGACAGGGAAGAAUCCCACGGAGUGCUGGAGGCUCAGCACGCCGAGCUGAAGAGGAAGCUGAAGGAGGUGGAGGAGGAGAUCGUGUUGAAGAGCGGGGAGAUCCGGGUCCUGAGGGACUCUCUGAAAGGAGCUCAACAGGAGAAGGAGACCCAGAGGCAGAUCCAGAUCCAGCUGGAGGCCCAGAGGCAGAGAGAGCAGAGCGACAGGGAGACGGAGCUCAACAGGAAGGUUCAGUCUUUGCAGUCCGAGCUGCAGUUUAAAGAAGCAGAAAUCAACGUGAUGAAGACCAAGCUGCACAGUUCAGACAAAUCCAAGAUGGCCUCUCCGCUGCCGAGGAAUAGCCCUAAGGUGCUCAGCUCUCUCGCCCAGCUGCAUCAUGGGAGCGGCGGCAGCAGCAGCUCGUCAUCUCCGACAGGAAAUGGCUUCAUCACCAAAGAGUCGUUCGGAGCCGCCGUCCUUUCCAGAACGACGCCGGUGAAGACGCGCAGAGACGCAGAAAGAGGCGGGUCCGGCGGCAGAUCUGGGGACAGGCAGGAAGUGUCUCGCCCGGACCCCUUCCUGUCCGUCAGACCGGCUCACCUGCAGCACCGAGGUGGCGUCCUGCUGGGGCUGUUGCUACAGCAGCCGUUGUCCCCCAGCAGCCUCGGCCUGUCUCACCUGCUCUCGAUGAGCCUGACAUCCAGCAAGUCUGCAGGUUUUCUGCUCCACCCUGAUGCCGUCGGCGGGGCAGGAGGCGGAGCUCCCAGAGCUGCUCUGAGUCCUGCCCAGAGUCUGGCUGUGACCGGACUCAACAUGCUGAGUCAGAGCCGACCAGCAGCCGACAGAGACAAAAGGUCGUGUCCCGGACCUGUCCUCCUCCUCCCGCUGUUGGAGCUCCACCUGUCUCAACUCUGUCAGGCUCUGGACUCCCUCCGAUCCGUCUCCGCUGGCGGCUCGCUCCCGGCGGGCCGCGCUGUCGCCCCGGGGGCGUCGGACGAGGCUGGUGUGACUGGUUUCAGCCUGGAGGACACUGGUUUGGCUGCUCUGAGGCUCCUCCACCUGCUGGUGGCCCACAGUGACGAGGUGGUGGAAGCUGUGUUAACGAAGGAGAACCAGAGCGGAGCUCCACGCGCAAAGACCGAACACUGUGCCGCAGGCGUGGGUCUGAUCUCCCAGAAUGCCUUGCUGCAGUCGGUGUUGCGGCUGUGCGAGGGGGGGCUCGGUGACGGCUCGCAGAGUGAGGAGCUUGUCGUCAACGCAAUGAGGACUCUGUGCGUCCUGGUGGAGAGGACGCCGCACACGCACGCCGACAGGUUGCAGUGUGUGUUGCAGGCGCUGUGUGUGCGUUUGUCGGCGGACUGCAGGCUGCGGACCGCCUCGGGGUGCGUGUCUGUCCUCAGGUCCGCGUCGGACCACGGGACGCUGGCUCGGCAGCUCUGCUCGCAGCGCGACCCGUGCGUUUUCCUCAAGUUGUUCCAGUUCAUCAGGACCCGACCAGACAAGCAGGCGACACACACCGACUGGGUCCUGCUGGACCUGCAGGUGGUGCGUUUGCUGAGCAGGCUGAUGACUCAGAGAGCCGAGAGCUGGAGCACCGGCCCCCACAGCAGCUGUCCGUGUUGCACCGAGCUGGUUCAGACGGUGGUGAUCGUUUUCCAUCGCCAGUGGUUGGAUCUCCGUGGCUCUCGUGAACCGACAGACUCGACAGGCCCCGCCCCGCCCUCGCAGACGUGCCCCGCCCCCUCGUUGCCGUGGUGGCGCGGCCCGGCGGCCUCUCUGCUCAGAGAGUGUCUGCUGCUGCUGCACUGGCUGCUGCUGCACCACGGCCGCUUCUCGGAGAACUGCAGGCCGCUGCUGCACAUGUACGACCAGGUGAUCCCCGCCGUGCGGGACACCCUGCGGAAGAUCCCCGGGCUGAGCGAGAGCGAAGAGCUGGCGCUGGAGGAGAUCUGCCGCUCGGAGGGCGACGACACCGACGACAUGGACACCGACGCCGGCUCCUGAAUCCGUCACGCGACGCGGCGGGACAAUUUAACCCGAACGGGUCGGUCAGAUGUUUCGGGCUGCGAAUGAGGACGGAGCAAUAGUACGGAAGUGGAUGAUGAGGAGGGAGGAAGGAAGGAAGGAAGAGGUGCGACUGAAGUGCCGAUUUCUCAGUAUUCAUUCUGCUGUCUGCGAUUUCACAAUAAAUGUAAAGGUGAGAAAGAUUGCUGCAGUCAGAGUUUAGGUUUUGUAAGUUUUGCUUCCUUCCUCCGGUCUCUCUGGCUGCUUUAUUACACCUUUAUGUGAGUACAUUUCACACUGGAUGAGGCGUUUUUUUUUUUAUCAUGCGAUGCUUAGCAGAAAGACACUAAUUGCUUUACAUACCAUAUAAGCCUACAUAUCUACACACAGAAUGCUAAACAUUUUUUAUUUUUUUUUGUCUGCAGUGAGCGUUUUUUUUUUUUCUUCUUAAAUCUGACUUCUAGAAGUGAAUGUUGCUCCUUAAAAAUACUUCAGAGGCUGCACAGAUGUUUUCACAGAGUGAGACACAGGACGAUAACACUUGAAAGUCUCUACUUCGCUUGAAAGAUCCAGACAAACUUUAUACUGACUGCGAAGUGUCCUGUUUGGGGACGUUGGCUCAAAAGACAGUGGGAAUAUCGGAAAGAAAAACAAUUCGGGAACGGAAGGUUUUGUGAAACACCCUUUUAUUCUCCAGCUGUCACCGAGGUUGUUUGCACAAAAGAAACACAAGAAGGGAGUGUUGGGAAUUUAUUAAUGUCUACUUCACUCAAGGUUAACACUUUUCUUCACGUGAUUCAACACAAGGAUACUCCAUUAAGAUUAGAUUUAAUUACAAUGUUGCCCUGAAAUAUCAGAUUUCAUCAUCAUUUUUUUUAUCAUAAAUUGAAAGUUGAUCCAAAGCAAUUAUUAAUAAUAUUGCAGUGAAAAUUAGAUUUCAUGUCUCAAGAAAACUUUAUUAUUUGAAAUUCAGGAAGUGUGAACACUGCAAUAAAGUAGGUGUUGUG